CGUCAAACGGACGGGACGAACACUAACAAUUAGGCAUCGCUUCGUUCAAGUUCACUUGCUGCCGGAGAGCAUUACAGUAAGGUACCUCUACCUACCUGAUUCCGUACAUAAAACUAUCAAAUAGGACAGGAACUGAAUAUGAUAUACACCGUACCAAUCAAAUAACCAUCCACACAUUCUUAACUUGAGCAAAUCAUGGACGCACUGUUGGCCAAGCUCGGGUCUCAUGCGGUCAACUACGCCAUCAGAUCAGGCAUCGCAAUCACUUCCACCUACGCCGUCAACCAGUGCUCGAGGCUGCUCAAGACGGUCGACGACAAAGGAGUGUACACCGAGCUCAAGAAGCUGCAGAAGCUUCUGGAUAGUAAGAUCAAGAUUGUUUCACCAGCUAUCGACCUGAUCGAGUUCAAAUCUGGCCGUGGCAAUGUCUUCCUCGAGGCUGCUGUGCCUCUUGCCAAGUCUCUCCAUCGAGACAUCAUUUCUCUCGGGAAGCGCCUAAACGAUGCUGCUACUGCCGAAGAGAGCUCCCGCUCCGAUGGCAAGAAAGCCCGCAUGUCGGAAGCUCAUCAUAUUGAGCUGCUAACCAUUAUCAAGGAGAUGAAGGAACUACUGGCCCGCAUAGACAGAGAGAUCCCUCUGAUCCAACUCGCCAUCACGGCCUCGGGAGAGAGGAUGAACACGACAGUGAACGCUGGCAUCUCUCCGUCGAGACUGAUGCAGGCGAGUGCCUUCUUGUCAUUCGGGGACUCACACUUUGUGAACAACCCUAACCGAGCAGUCCCCAUCGGGCCUUCUUUCACACUAUCUCUUUACAUGCUCUUCCGCGGCCAUUCCAGGCUGAAAAGUGCCAGUUCCGUUCCUGCCACUCCUAGCACUGGAGGCAAGACAUGGACCAGGGAGCCAUCAUAUGGUGUUGGCGAAGGUGAACGGAAACCCAUCUGGCAAGAGGUGGUGCACAAGGCUCGUGUACGGCUGGUUCGCACACCGCUAGGCUGGAAGUUUGACAAGACUCGCGGAUACUGCCCCGGUGAGUCUUCUGAUGGACCCGUAAACGCGUACUCUGCUGCCGUUGAUUCGGCCCUUUCGAUGCUUGGCCGCCCAGACGAGUAUGCCUAUCACUUGGAGAUCAUUGAAGAUCUCGACGACGGACGUGUACACGAUGAUGAUGCCGCAGGUGAGCCAUUCGACGGCAUCGAUAUGGCUGGAAUCCGAGACUCCAUUCCCAUACAUCAAGUUUCCAAGAUUUUCUACACCGACACAGGGCGACUCCUGAACAUCGGUAAUGCUGAGGAGGGCGACAACAACCCGGUGUUAUUACUGAAGAGAGACCUCCAUGCCCCUAAUCCGGUCCAGCUCAAACGCCAAUGGUACGCCGAUCCGGAGCAAGCAGAGGCAUCAGAAGGAGAAACAGCAUAUGACACGGCCGCCGAAGACGACGACGAACAAGCCGAUAUUGAUGCGCAACUGCUGGCAGAGACCAAGUCUACUGAACUUGCGACGGCGGCAGAAGAAGGUCGAUUAAGGAAAGCGUUAGGGCUGCCAUCGCAUCUGGACCCUGAAUGGCUCGCCCUGGAGGUCUUUGUCGAGAGCGAUGACGAGUCUGACGACGAUGAUGAUGGUGAUGAUAAGUCCAGCAUCCAGUCUUGCAAGUCAGCUACACCACGCGACAAGGUAGUCGACUCGAAACUCAUUGAUCAAAUUCGCAACGUCUCCCUCCAGCCCUACCCAAACACGCCUCCGAACCAACGGAAAUACGUCCCAUCGCCUCUGUCAUCAACAUCAUCUUUACCAACAGGAGGAGCCAAUGGCAAGCAGCUGUUCCAGACACCAGCACAAGUGCAAGGGGCUCAAAAGGAACCCAACAGCAUGGACUCGUUCGUGGCCAGGUCACCAUUCGGUGCCAUCACUUCGUCACUCUCGCUCAUGGAAAUGUUGAUACGACUAUGCAGCCUGCAGGAGUUCCAGCAGACGUCACACCUGUCGAUUCCAGAUCACAUUCUUACCUUCUUCUUGGAGGAGACGUCGACGACCGGGCUACGGGGCGAGGAAAAGUGGGAUAUACGGAACGAGGCGAAGAGGCGUAUGGGCUUUGAUCCGUAUACUGACACGCCUACCAAGUCGACUUAAUCUGAUGAGGGACGGAACCAAGGAGAAAAGGGGCGAUAGUGACAGCACCUUGAGACGAAAAAAUGGACGAUGCCUCCUUUGAAGUCUCUGUACAACAAAGAUCUUUAUACUUGAUAGCCGCAUAUACAAACCAUCUACACACUCGAGUACCGUUCAUCCUCGACUUGGAAGACCCGUCCUGUGAUCCAUCAUCUUCCUUCUUUACCAACCCUUCCCACCCAACCUCUCACUCCCUCCCCGCAAAAGGCAUCUUCCCCAACCCAACCAACUCGGCCACCCGUCUCCCCAACCCCAUAAACACCUCCGCCUCCUUUCCCCCAGGCUCACUGACAACCGUCGGCUUUCCCCUCCCGCCAUCCUCCCCAAUGCUCGGAUGCAGCGGCACAUCCCCCAAGAACUCCAUGUCCAUCUCCUCACACACCUUCGUCACCCCCUCGGUCCCGCCAAACACAUGCGUCUCCUUCCCGCACCCAGGACAGCAGAAGACGCUCAUGUUCUGCACCACCCCCAGUAUCGGAAUGUCCACCUUUCUAAACAUAUUCACCCCCUUCACCGCAUCUUUGAUCGCCAGUGUAUGCGGGGUCGUCACGAUCACCGCUCCGUCCACAACGACCUGCUGCGCUAUGGAAAGCUGGGUGUCGCCCGUCCCGGGAGGGAGGUCUAGUACCAAAACAUCGAGCGAGGGGUGGGACCAGUCGACUUCGUGAAGAAGCUGUUGGAUGGCUUUGAGGAGCAUGGGACCGCGCCAGACGAGGGCGGAGUCUUCGGACCCGAGGAGGUAGCCGAUGGACAUGGUCUUGACGCCGUAGGAGGUGAGAGGGAGGAGUUGGUUGUGGGGGUUGAGGGAAGGGGAUAAAGAGGGGGAGGAGAGGUUGAAGAGGGUCGGGAUGGAGGGGCCGAAGAGGUCGGUGUCGAGGAUGCCGGUUGUGUAGCCGAGGCGGGAGAGGGAGAGGGCGAGGUUUGCUAUGACAUGACUGGGUUAGAGAUGUAUAAAAUAGAAAGAACUGAAAAGAGGGAAUUCUGGUGGGAGUUGCUGAGCCAUAAAGAGGAUAGAUAAGUGCCUGUGGGGUAUGGUAUGUUCUGACUUGUAGGUAGGAGG